AUGGCCACGUGGCCACGCAGCAUUGAGAGUGACAUCCAUCCCAUGGAGGGGCAGCUGAUUCAGAUUCUAAGCCUGCUCCAGAAGCGAUGGUACGCAGUCAUCCUUGAACCAGUGAUGAUCUCCCACCUCACCUUCCUCCUCUUGGUAUGCCUGACUGCACCCAGCUGGGCACAACGUCCCCAAAUUCAGCUGCGGCUGGUGGGUCCCAAGAGCCAAGCAGGCGAAGGGCGGCUGGAAGUGCUGUACAAUGGGCAGUGGGGCUCAGUGUGUGAUGAUGACUUCAACAUCCAUGUGGCAGGCGUGGCUUGCAGGGAGCUGGGCUAUGAGGGGGCCAUGAACUGGGCCCACAGUGCCAAGUAUGGCCCAGGAGAUGGCCCCAUCUGGCUGGACAACCUGCGCUGCUCUGGCACAGAAAGCUCUCUGGCUGAAUGUGAAUCCAAUGGCUGGGGUGUGACCGACUGCAACCACAAUGAGGACAGUGGGGUAAUCUGCACAGGUCUGCGCCGACCCAACCCUGCUGCUCCACGCAUCCAGUUUCAGGGCUCAAAAGUGGAAGAGGUGCGUAUCAAGCCAAUCCUGGCCCGAGCCAAGUUAAAUUCUCCCAUCACAGAAGGUGCCGUGGAAGUGAAACUCCAGGGUCGCUGGCGCCAGGUGUGUGAUGCCGGCUGGACUCGCAAUAACACUCGAGUGCUCUGCGGGAUGCUGGGCUUCCCCCAUGAAGGACGAGUUGCCACCAGCUUCUACAGGAAACUCUGGAACCAGAAGCUGAAGGAUCCAAGGUCCAGCUUAAAGAGCAUGACUAAGAAGAACACAUUCUGGAUUCACCGGAUCAAGUGCCUGGGCACUGAGGCCCAUCUGGGUGAAUGCAAGCUGCAUGUGUAUCCACCAGCUCGGAUUCAAUCUGCUUGCCCCCGUGGCAUGCAUGCCUUGGUCAGCUGUAUAGCAGGCCCAGAGUUCCAACCCAGGAAAGCCAGGCUGCCUGCCCAAGCCAAGCCCAAAGAGAACCCCCAAGUGCGUCUCCGUGCAGGUGCACAAGUAGGUGAGGGGCGUGUGGAAGUGCUGAUGGGUGGCCAGUGGGGCACUGUGUGUGAUGAAGGCUGGGACCUGCCUGCUGCCAGUGUGGUCUGUCGACAGCUGGGAUAUGGCACAGCACGAGAAGCUCUUUCGGGGGCCCAGCUGGGCCAAGGCCUGGGUCCCAUCCACUUGACGAGGGUGCGGUGCAGGGGCCACGAGCGCUCCUUGGCGGACUGCCGCUCCCAAGAGGCAAGGCAGACUGGGUGCCGCCAUGAAGCAGAUGCUGCUGUUCGCUGUAAUGUGCCCCAGACAGAUGCCCCCCGCCAGGUACGUCUGGCUGGUGGACGCAGUCCAGACGAAGGUGUGGUCGAAGUCCUGAUGCCCAGGGGAAGUGCCUUGCGCUGGGGUGCCAUGUGUGGGGAACACUGGGGCCUCAAAGAGGCCAUGGUCAUAUGCCGGCAACUGGGACUAGGUUUUGCCAGCCAUGCUCACCAGGAGACAUGGUACUGGCAAGGAAAUUCAGAUGCUGCCGAGGUGGUGCUGAGCGGUGUGCGCUGUAAAGGCACAGAACUCUCCAUCCUGCAGUGUCAGCACCAUGGGCCUGUAUACUGCCCAACUGGAGGUGGCCGUUUUGCUGCAGGAGUCACCUGCACCACCCGCACCCCAGAUCUGGUCAUGAAUGCCCAACUGGUAGAGGAGACAGCAUAUCUAGAGGACCGCCCACUGAGCAUGCUGUACUGUGCCCAUGAGGAAGGCUGCCUUUCUGCCUCUGCAGAUCAUAUGGAGUGGCCCUAUGGGCAUCGGCGCCUUCUGCGCUUCUCCUCGCAGAUCCACAACCUGGGCAGGGCCGACUUCCUUCCAAAAACUGGCCGCCAUGCCUGGGUCUGGCACCAGUGCCAUAGACACUAUCACAGCAUUGAGGUUUUUACUCACUAUGACUUACUGACUCUUAACGGCUCCAGGGUGGCUCAGGGACACAAGGCCAGCUUCUGUCUGGAGGACACCAACUGCCCAGAGGGACUGCAGAGGCGUUUUGCCUGUGCUAAUUUUGGAGAGCAGGGCGUGAGCGUAGGCUGCUGGGACACAUACAGACAUGACAUUGACUGCCAGUGGGUGGACAUCACUGAUGUGCCAACAGGGAGCUACAUAUUCCAGGUGGUUGUGAAUCCAAAGCAUGAGGUAGCAGAGUCAGAUUUCUCCAACAAUGUCCUUCGCUGCCAGUGUCAGUAUGAUGGACACCGCAUCUGGCUGCAUGGGUGCCACACAGGUGAUGCGUAUGGUGCCAACAUGGAAUGGGAUGAAGAAGCACAGCAGAGACUGGCCAGCAACCUUGUCUGA